AUGAGUCAGGCGGUCAAUAUCGGGACUCUCACGGCCUCCGCCUGGCAGCGGAGAAUCUCGAAUCCCAAAACCUGCUCAGACUUAAUCACCUCAAUUCUCUUGUUUUUCCUUCGCACUCCGUCCUCCUUCCUCACCUCCCCUUGCAACCCGAACAUCUACCCCGCAAUCCCUGGCAGUGGGAGCUACAUUGCCGAAUACCCCACUAUGCCACCUUACUCGUCGGCCCAGAAGCACUCAAUCGCCCAGUUCCUGGGCCUCACCGAAGCCAAGGAUGUGCUAGCUGCCAAGUUUCUGCGCGCAUCGGGAUGGGAUGUGGAGGAAGCGGUCAACCUGUACUUCGCAAGCCCCCAUGGCAGCUCGUCAGGCAACGCGGCCUCGAUCAAUAAGAUCUUUGAUAAAUACCGUGACGACCCCGUCGAGAACCCCAAUGGCAUCGGCAUCGAGCGCGCAAUCCAGUACCUGGGCGACAUCCAGGUGCAGCUUGACGAAGUGACCUGUCUCGCCAUCGCCGAGCUGCUCAAGUGCCCAUCGAUGGGCGAGUUCACGCGCGAGGGAUUCGUGAACGGAUGGCGAGUUUCCAACUGCGAUACCCUCCCCCAAAUGGCCGAACACGCCCAACUCCUCCGCGUCAGCAUCCCCAGCGACCCGGCCAUCUUCCGCCGCGUCUACCGCUACGCCUUCCCGCUGUCGCGCAUGCAGGGCCAACGCAACCUGCAGUUCGAGAUCGCCGCCGAGCAGUGGCACCUGUUCUUCACCCCAGACCGCGGCGGCGUGCAGUGGAACACGGUGACGACCCCGUGGCUGGACUGGUGGAUUGAGUUCCUGGAGAGCCGCGGCAAGAAGCCCGUCAACAAGGACCUCUGGGAGCAGGCUGAGGUGUUCAUGCGCAAGACUCUCGAGGACGAGGACUUCUCGUGGUGGAGUGCUGAUGGGGCCUGGCCUGGUACGCUGGAUGACUUUGUUGCGUGGGUGCAGAAGAAGCGAGGGAAGCCCUGGGAGAUGGAGGUUGAGUGA